AAAAAUUUAAAACUCAUUUAUUCUGGUCAAUAAAUUCAUUGAUUUUGCAUUCUUAAUUAAUAUUAUAUUCCUAGAUUUUUAUACUACAUAUAAUUUUUUAUUUGAUUGUUGUGUCGUGCAAAUAUCCAAAAAGCAUUUUUAAUUUUCUGCAUUUCAUAUUUUGCAACAAGAACACAUUUCAUCCAUGGAGGAGAUGAAUAAUCACCAUCAUUAUCAUCAACUUCCUGGUAAUAAUAAUGAAGAAAUUGAAGGUCCUAGUUCUCAAAAACAUAAUCAAAACAAGGUUCAUCUCAACAAAUAUGCAUUUGCUGGUGCUAUUUUGGCUUCCACAAAUUCAAUUCUCUUAGGCUAUGAUAUUGGUGUGAUGAGUGGUGCUGUGAUUUUCAUAAAAGAAGAUCUCAACAUAACAUCACUUCAAGUUGAAAUUCUAGUUGGUUGUUUAAAUGUUUGUUCAUUAAUUGGGUCACUUGCAUCUGGAAAAUUUUCUGAUUUAAUUGGAAGAAGAUACACAAUUAUGAUUGCAGCUGCAACAUUUUUAAUAGGUGCAUUAUUAAUGGGACUAGCACCAUCAUUUUCAUUCUUAAUGUUUGGUCGUGUAAUUGCUGGAAUUGGUGUUGGUUUCUCUCUCAUGAUUUCACCAGUUUAUGUAGCUGAACUUUCACCAGAUCUUACAAGAGGUUUUCUAACAUCACUCCCUGAAAUUUUCAUCACUAUUGGUAUUUUACUUGGUUACAUUUCCAACUAUGCUUUAUCAAAUUUACCAAUUAAUAUAAAUUGGAGAAUCAUGCUAGGUCUAGCAUCGAUUCCCUCGAUUUUCGUGGCGAUUGGGGUUUUAGCAAUGCCUGAAUCGCCACGAUGGUUGAUUAUGAAAGGUAAAUUUGAUGAAGCUAAACAAGUUUUGAUUAGAACUUCGGAGAAUAAAGGUGAAGCUGAAUUAAGACUUAGUGAAAUUUCGCAAGCAGCUUCAAAUUUUAACAAAAAUUUGAAUAAGGGGGUGUGGAAGGAAUUGCUAAUUGCACCUACUCGUCCUGUAUUAAAAAUUCUUGUUGCUGCAAUUGGUGUUAAUUUUUUUAUGCAAGCUUCUGGGAAUGAUGCUGUAAUUUAUUAUAGUCCUGAAGUUUUUAAAGAAGCUGGAAUUCAAGGUGAGAAGCAACUUUUUGGUGUGACAAUUAUUAUGGGAAUUGCAAAGACAUUUUUUGUUUUUGUUUCAGCUUUGGUUUUGGAUAAAUUUGGGAGGAGGCCCAUGUUGUUGUUGGGCUCAUCAGGUAUGGCGGUUUCAUUAUUUGGGCUUGGUUUGGGCUGUACCUUACUUCAAAAUUCAAAUGAAAAGCCCAUUUGGGCUAUAGCUUUGUGUGUGGUUGCUGUUUGUGCUAAUGUUUCAUUUUUUUCAAUUGGGCUUGGGCCUAUAACUUGGGUCUAUUCAUCAGAAAUUUUUCCUAUGAGGUUAAGGGCCCAAGGUUCAAGUUUGGCAAUUUCUGUGAACCGUUUGAUUAGUGGAAUAGUGUCAAUGUCUUUUCUUAGUAUUUCCGAAGAAAUUACUUUUGGGGGUAUGUUUUUUGUGCUAGGGGGUGUAAUGGUUGUUGCUACAAUUUUCUUUUAUAAUUUUUUACCUGAAACUAAAGGUAAAAGUUUAGAAGAGAUUCAAACUUUGUUUGAAGAUGAAACAAAUUGAAUUUUUUUAUAUUUCUAUGUUAAAGAAUGGUAAAAAUAGUUUUUUAUGUUGUUAAAGGAAUAGGCAUGUAAAUACAUUUUUUUUAAAGUUUGUAUCAUUUAA